CUCUGGAGAAACAGCUCUCUUCCUGGCAGCUCAGUCAGGACAGGACGAGGUCAUAAAUCUGCUUAUAACUGCCCCCUCAAGCUGCAAAAUUGAUCUUGACUUGCAAGAAACAGCAUAUAGCGCGACACCGUUGAUCAUUGCAUGUGUUCAGGGACACUUCCACGCAGUGCGGAUGCUUCUCGACGCUGGAGCGAAUUGCAGUCUUCCAGAUUUGUUUGGAUGGACAGCCAGAGAUCAUGUCGCGUUCCGAGGAUUUUGGCGGAUUGCUGAACUGCUUGAGCCGCCCUCGGUCUCAGAAAACCCCCCUCGCAGUCCAAAGCUUCCCUUGACUGCCACAAAUGGGAUGACUUCCUGCGUCACAGGGGAAAAUAGACUAUUCAUUAACCUGGGAACACUGGACACGCGAAUGCCAAAGAGUGUUCUCGAUAUGGGUCCAUAUUUGUCAAGGUAUCCCGCCUGCUCCUUUCCCGAGACUGGCUUCUCUAUGGAAGUCGAUGCCAUUGGAGCCAUUGGAAUGUCUCGGACUGUCCAGCUUCCACAAUUACACGACGCCACCUAUGAACCUUUCUUCUUCACCACCCGUGAUUACCGGAACCUUCAAAUCGUGUUCAAGGUAUACAAAAACUGUACCAAGUCUGGAGGUGGGUUGGAGCAUAUAGGAACAGCUAUUGCUUUACUUGACAGCCUAAAAGGAGGAUUGGAAUCUGUUCGAGAGAAUCUAGUCAGAUACUACACUGUACCUCUCAUCGACAAAGAAUCUAUGGAUUUCAUUGGUACAGUAACCUUCAAUUUUCUGCUGAUCAAGCCCUGCCGGUCACCAGGUUUAUCAACGUCUAUGACGCAGAACGUCUUCGGGAGAAGUGCCGUUACAAGAGUUGUGGGCCAUCGAGACGUUCAGUUGACAAGAGACCAUGUUCCUGUCAUCUAUCACGACUUCCUUGUGAGUGAAAGUGGGGCCGAUCUCGCACCACAUAAUCUCAGUUUCGAUCAGUUCAUGUACAUUAGCGAGCUUCAGGGAUCCAGACAGUCGCACUUGGCAGUUAUGGAGGACACUAUCACUAAGCGCUCCAACAUACCCAUCAAGCAAAGGGGCAGAUCACGAUCUCGCUCUCUAAAUACGCUUGUGGAAGAAAAUAAAUAUCGAAAUCUCAUCAAUGGUAUGCGGCAUACAUUUGAGUACAGACGAAAGGGAUUCAAGGGAAAUCUGAGAGGCGAACACAUACACAGCUCCUUCACAACUCUCGAAGAACUACUUCGAUCCAUCCCUGAAGAAGUCCAUAUAGACAUCGAACUGAAGUACCCAAUGCUAUGGGAAGCCCAGGACUGGCAAAUGGAUCUUUACGGCGUUGAACUGAACCUUUUUGUUGAUGUUAUUCUUGAAAAAGUUUCCGCCCUCGCCGGGAAUCGUGCCAUCGUGUUUACGUCUUUCAGUCCUGAACUCUGCAUCCUCGCAUCUCAUAAACAACAAAAAUACCCCGUCAUGUUCUUGAACGAGUCAAAUCUCUUCCCAACAGGCGAUGUUAGAGCAAGUAAUCUACAAGAAGCGGUACAUUUUGCCAGACGGUGGGGUUUACCGGGCGUUGUCAUGUCCUCAGAGCCGUUUGUCAUGAGCCCAAUGCUCGUGCCAUUUGUCCAUGACGCUGGGCUUGUUUGUGUCUCUUUCGGCGCCUUAAAUGAUGAUCCUCGGAAUGCAAAGAUACAAGCCAAAGCUGGACUAGAUGCUAUCAUUGUUGACAAUGUGAACCUGAUCAGCAAAACUCUCAUGAGUUCGUAG